AUCCGACUCGUCGCUGCUUCUACUGUGUCCCGAACCGGAAAAGAGUACUAUUUUUCCCCCUCCACUCCUCCCAUUUCCGCUCGGCAGUAGAAACCGGAAAUAACACUGCCCCUAGUUGCGGAGGCGCUUCGCCCGGCUUGCUGGUGACUGCUGACCCAGGGGUCUUCAUUAAAGAAGAGAGCAGGGCUCCCAGGUCUGGGCAGGUAAGUGAAAAAUGCUUUCAGAGAAGCUUGAGGGUGGGGCAGGCACUCUGGCGUCCAGACUCUCCACACCACUGGGAUCUAGAAACUUGGGACCCUAGGUGCCCUGGAGUCCAGGGCCCCUUGGCCCCUCAAGCCUUCAGACCCAGAAACUUAGGACCUCGUCGGUCCUGUAAUAUUUGAUCUCUGAGGGUGGAUGAGGCAACAGGCUGAGGGAGUUUGACUGGCAAUGGAAUCUGCCAGGUUGGAAGGAAUCGGGGCUGCAGAUGAACCUGUUUCAAUGCUUCCUAUGGGUCAGACCUGUGAUGGGUACUGUGGAUAAAACAGAGGGAUAGAAGAGAGCACACCAACUUUGUGCUCAUCAUUGGGAGGGCACUGUCAUCACUGAGAUCCUCUUCUCACAGUCGAAUACCUGGUACAAUAAUAGGCAAGUAACUUUCCCACCUGGUGACCGAGUUUCGUCGCCUAUACAAUGGCAGGAGUAGUCGGCUUGUUUUGAACAGUCAGAUGAGUUGGCACAGACUGUGGUGCCUAGCAUGGGAUGCAGGUCGAGUGCUCACUUUUCUCUCAUUCACUGACUGCAGAGUCCAGGCAGGGGGUCCUUGCCUCGGAACUCUGCUGAGGCAUCCGUCCUUUGAGAGUCCACACAAUAUGAGGGGCCAUCCUUCCCUGCUCUUAGUCUAUAUGGGAUUGGCCACCUGCCUGGACACCUUACCUCAUGGAGAGCAAAACCAAGUUCUUGACAUCUUCCUGGAUCCCCCGGAUGCCGAGAGUUUCCUAGUUGGCCACAGGCGGAUUCCUCGGGCUAACCACUGGGACCUGGAGUUGCUGACCCCCGGGAACCUGGAACGAGAGUGCCAGGAGGAGAGGUGCUCCUGGGAGGAGGCCCGGGAAUACUUUGAGGACAACACACUGACGGAACGCUUCUGGGAAACCUAUACCUACAAUGGCAAGGGAGGGCGUGGACGAGUAGAUGUCGCAGGCCUGGCGGUGGGACUGACCUCUGGGAUCCUGCUCAUCGUGUUGGCUGGCUUGGGAGCCUUUUGGUAUCUGCACUACAGAAGGCGGCGCCGACUCAGAGUCCGGGAGUCCUGUCAGCAAGAGACCGUGCUCAUCAGCCCCCUGAGUCCCCCGACGCCCUUGUCUCCACCCUUACCCCCAGGCCUCCCUACCUACGAGCAGGCGCUAGCAGCCUCUGGGGUGCACGACGCCCCUCCGCCCCCUUACUCCAGCCUCAGAAGGCCUCACUGAAGACUUGCUCCGGAGCGCGGGCUCCCCGAACUGUGCCCCUGAUUCACAGCAGAUUCCGGAAGUCGCAGGGCCUCUUCGACUCCCUGGCUUCAAUGUGUGCGUGGGAGAGUCAGGGUCGUCGGACCCGACGUCUAUCACGACACACGUGUUUCCGCCGCGCACGGAUACACGCAUGCCCCUGACCAUCGUGUUGCCGAGUCCGUGCCCCUGCUCCUCGCACCCGCCCUUCCCGAGCACCUGCCCUGAAACUCGGACAAGACGUGACUUGACUGUCGCCCCACCGUGUCGCGGGGGGCGUACACGCAGAGAACCAGGCCCGUGCACACGCCCGUCUUCGUGUAUUCCCCCACACGGGCGGUUCGUAAUCCGGCAUAAAGGCGGAGGGCGCAUUUGCUAUGUGCUGGAAAAGGUGUCACGCUUGUGUUGCACCCGGGGAAACGGAGUUGAGCUGAACUGCUAUCUACCUAAAAACCUUUUGGAAAAGGAAGAAAUUUAAAAAGAAAGAAUCACACACACACACACACAAAAAUCCCAAAAUUGAAAUUAUUCGAGAAAAAUAAAAAAUGCAAACGAACUGAA